AUGGAUGGUUAUGGGAAUGGAGAUUUGAGCAAGGAGGAUCAGAGGAGAUCAGUGGAAGAGGAGUCUGCAAGGGGACAACGUGAAGACAAAGUAAGAGGAGUCUGCAAGGAGCAACGUGAAGACAGAGUAAGAGGAGGCAAGGCAUCUUCAAAGUGGAGAGAGACACCGGAACAAUGGAACGUUCCUACUCUCUACAACUGGAAUUCGGGGACGAAUUCUAUUAAGGGGGGGAGAAUAGAUCACAACGAAGACUUGGAUCAAGACAGGAUCAAGAACGAUCGAGCAGAACUGAAGAUACAACAAGAUUGUCCAGGUGGGACGAUCAUUGUACGAACAUGGGAAGAGACGACGAAAUAUCAAAGUUCUCCAAAUCAAGAAGAGAAGAGUUUGGACGACAUAAGAGACCAUUCUAAGAAGUUUGGUCGAAGCAGAAUGCAAAUCGGACGAGCAGAUUGA